UCCGGCCCUCUCGGAUGCAAGACAAGCGACCGGAGGAGACACUCCGAGUUCGAGAGGCGGCUACCACCACGGCCUGCUUCUAAAGUUCCCGGAGGAAGAGGCAAGGGGGAACCGGCCGAGCCGAGCUCAGGGGAUUUUUUUUUUUUUUUUUUUUUUUUUUUUAAAUUUUUUUAAACAUUUUGUUUCCUAAUACGCUGGGAGGACUGUUACUCGAAUAAGGUGCCAAACGGGAAUCGCGGAGCGCUGUGUGAGAAUCUACAGAAAAUGGCGGAGCCAGACAAAUUAAACAUCGACUCGAUCAUUCAGCGUCUUUUGGAAGCUGGCCUUGGCGGAGUCAAGGGCUCUCGGCCCGGUAAGAACGUGCAGCUGACCGAGAGCGAGAUCCGCGGCCUGUGCCUGAAAUCUCGUGAGAUCUUCCUGAGCCAGCCCAUCCUUCUCGAGCUGGAGGCCCCCCUCAAAAUCUGUGGCGAUGUCCACGGCCAGUACUAUGACCUCCUGCGGCUGUUUGAGUACGGCGGCUUCCCCCCGGAGAGCAACUACCUGUUCCUGGGUGACUACGUGGACCGAGGCAAGCAGUCCCUGGAGACCAUCUGUCUGCUGCUGGUCUACAAGAUCAAGUACCCGGAAAACUUCUUCCUGCUGCGCGGCAACCACGAGUGCGCCUCUAUCAACCGAAUUUACGGCUUCUACGAUGAAUGCAAGCGAAGGUAUAACAUCAAACUGUGGAAGACCUUCACAGACUGCUUCAACUGUUUACCAGUAGCUGCUAUUGUAGACGAGAAGAUCUUCUGCUGUCACGGAGGCCUCUCACCCGACCUCCAGUCCAUGGAGCAGAUCCGCCGAGUCAUGCGGCCAACGGACGUGCCCGACCAGGGUCUGCUGUGCGACCUACUGUGGGCCGACCCCGACAAGGACGUGCUGGGCUGGGGCGAGAAUGACCGCGGCGUCUCCUUCACGUUCGGCGCCGACGUGGUGGCCAAGUUUCUACACAAGCACGACAUGGACCUCAUAUGCAGGGCGCAUCAGGUGGUAGAAGACGGUUACGAAUUCUUUGCCAAGAGGCAGCUGGUCACUCUCUUCUCCGCCCCAAACUACUGCGGGGAGUUUGACAAUGCCGGCGCCAUGAUGAGCGUAGACGAGACGCUGAUGUGCUCCUUCCAGAUCCUGAAGCCGGCAGAUAAGAAGUUGUAUCCUUACGGUGGCGGUGCUGGGAUGGGAUCAGGAAGGCCCGUCACCCCACCACGAAAUUCCGCCAAGGCCGCUAAGGCUAAGAAAUAACACCCGCUACUGUCUUCUCUCCCUCCUCUUCUCCCUCCACCACAAGUCAACUCGAUGCUCUUUUAUUUUCUCUUUCCUACCUCCCAAAUAUCUUUUUUUCCCCUAUAGACAUUUCACUCGUUUUUUUUCCCCAGUCUGUGUGCAUGUUGUCACACAUGAAUUUUUGUUCUCUCUUUUUUUUUUUUUCUUUUCUUUUUCUCGACAAAUAAGCUGUGUCCAUUUUUAAGGUAUAAUCACUGCAUUUUCGAAGCCGUCUUUCAAGAUGGUAGCUUUUGCUGGUUAGUGUGUGUGGGGGCCCUUACAUAGUGCACGCUGGCUGGGUGGGUGCACAGGCGAUAACCAUUCAAAAAGGAGAGAUUUAAGAUGUGAAAUACUUUUUAAUUUUGUAAAUAUUUAAGCGAUGUCCUUUUUUAAAGAAUAAUACAAAAAAUAAGCAUGGAAGGACGUGUUUCCACCUCACCCCUUCAAAGAAGAGGAGGAUGCAUCACGCUGCCAAUACCAAAUCCAACCUUGUGAACAUGGCACUUAUACUGAUGCUAAAUGAGGUGUGGUGGGUGGGAUUAUCUUGAAGGGUCUCCGCGGUUCCGAACACUGGUCCAGAACACGCCAAUGUAGUCUUUUAAAGACGUCACGGCGCUCGAUUGGCGUUUUAGGCCACGUCCACACUUUAGGUUCGGUUACUCUGGUGCGAUUGGUCUGCGAGUGUGCGGUUCAUUGGGUCCAGUGUGAAUGCAAUCAUGGUGCACGUAAAAGAACCAAUUCUGCUUCAGUUCGGUUCAGUGUGAACAUGACACUGCAUUAGAAUGACCAUGAGAGAAAUCACAAAUUUAUAACAGUAAAGAUCUACACAUGCAUCCGUUCAUGGGUGUCUUUGUUUUUUUUUUUUUUUUUUUUUUUUUUUAAUUUAUUAUAAAUGCAUUUUAGUAUUGUUUAGUAAAGCUUCAGCUUGGAAAAAUUAGCAAAAAUCUAAAAAUCAUGAAUGCAUGCAAGGGAACAGAGGAUUUUUGUUAUCAAAACGUAACGUCUUGUCACACACAAAAAAAAUCUCAAACUAGGUCUAUUCAAGUUGAGACUAUACAUUUUAGAUUGAUAAAAAUGCCAGUGUGAAUGUGGCGUAAACUGGACCAAUGUGUCUUUUUCUUGAAGGUAUUGGUAGCUUAUGUAAACCUUGGCUAGCAAGUGAACUCUGGCACGGUUGAGCUUCAGUGUGAGAGCUGCACUAACUUGCGUUAAGACAACAGCAAAAACCCACAAAUAUAUAGCCGCAAGUGUCAGAAGGUACGCUCUAGAGGCUUCUCCCAGUUUGUAAAAACAACAAAUUAGAUUAAAAUUAGAUCAAUGUAGUAGAUCAAAUGUAUAUAAUUAUCCAUCCAUCCGUUUUCGUCAAACUAAAUGUGGCCCAAUCAGGUCGUGACUUAUUUUUCUUUCCUUUUAUGGUAAAAGUUGGGAGUGUGAACGCUCAGCAACUGUAAGUGCAUAGUCCGCUUGGAAGGGAAGUCUGGCACAGUUCGGUUCACUUGAGCUUCACUGCGCCGUGCAAACGACAUUCUCGUAACACAAAACGUGAACUACGAGUUUGAACACUGCAUCAGUCGGCUUGUAAGUGAACUCUGGCACAGUUCAGUUCGCUUGAGCGUAAACACUGGCUGGAGUUAAAAAGACUUGACGUUUACAACUAGAUAUUUUACUUAACAGAUUUUCGUAUGAUGUUAAUGCCAAGCGUAAACGCGAAGCCACCCGGACCUGAGUACUGAACUCCAAGGGUGAACACAGCGUUAUUCGAGUUGUAGAUUAACUCUGUUCAGUUCAAUUGAGUGUGAACACGGACCCGUGUUAAAAUGAGAUACUAAAGAGCACGUGCGGCGAAAUUUGUGUUUUUCCAUUUGUUUAAAGUGUGAAAAAGACCAACUGGAAUAGCUUGAAAAAGGACAUUGGGGCAUUUCCAGCCCAAAUUAUCUUGGCAACCCGAUAAAAGGACAUCAAAGGUUAUUUAAAAAAACAUUUAUGUACACAAAAUGUGGUCCAAUCAGGGUUGUGACUCUCAUUUUUCUCUUUCAUGAUACAAAUGUUUUUGGUCCAGACCAGAGUACUGAACCACAAGUGUGAACACGGCCCAAAAUGGGGGAUACGCCGGGGUGAGCAGUUACCAUGACAACUAGCCAAAAGAGACGAAGGUACGGCGGCUGCGAUUUGAUUCACAUGUAUUUUGCUUCUGCUUUUUUGGGCGAGCGACAGAUAACAAGAGCCAUAGACAUUGUUAUCGUUCAUCAUGUGUUACAUAAGCAUGCAUGGAGUCGGUAGUAGUAAUAACAAUAUUAAGGCAAACAGGGUGUCGCUCCACAUGGAAACAUAUCCUGCAGUCUUUCAGGGUUUCUUACACUUUCUUCGGCCGUCUCCUUUUCUCCGUUCUCGGUUGCCACGUUUUUUCCACAUCCUCUUAUUUCGUUUUGUAAUGACGACACGUCAACGCCCAUCCACUGAGAUCAACUCAGGAAGUGAUCAGGAAAAAACAAAUCGUACGUAUGCAGAUACAUGACCACCAAAAACCUUCAACGAUAAAAUUUGGUUGCCGGGUAGGGUAGAGAGUCCAAUGCAUGAAAUUGCAGUCCAAGAAGAAAUUAAGGAUUUAAUUAAAAAAAAAAAAAAAUAAAUAAAAAAAAAGGUCCAAGACAGCCACACGAGGCCACUUCCAUAGCUGUACAGACAUCUGCUUUGUGUGUGUUUUUUUUAACCAUUGUUCUUUUUUUGUUCAUGUUUUUACUGAUAAUUGUACAGUAUCUCUCUCUUUGUAGGAUUUUUGUUUUUUGUUUUUUUGAAAGGAACGGAUCAGGGAUGUUUUGCACCAUGUCCUUUCACUGGAUGUGUUAGCACAGCAGCAGAUCAGAUGAUCCCCAUGUUUAAAAAUAAAAGAGAAACAAGUGAAACUAAUAACAAUGAUAUUGUAUUUGAUUGUUAAUUUCACCAGUAGAUCUCAACCCAUUGUAAUUUGUCUCUGUUAAAAGCAUAGAAAUUAAAAAAAUAUACAUAGA